AUGCUAUCCUCCCUCUCCGCCAGCAUCACAAAUGCCCGACAAUCAAUCGCGCAAGUGCUAAACUUCGCGCUCGUCCUAUCAACGGCAUUCAUGCUAUGGAAGGGCCUCUCAGUCUUAUCCGCAUCAAGCUCACCAAUAGUCGUGGUCCUAUCCGGGUCAAUGGAACCCGCAUUUCAGCGUGGCGACUUACUCUUUCUAUGGAACCGAAGCCCCGUGGAACUUGGGGAGGUGGUGGUUUACAAUGUCCGGGGGAAAGACAUUCCGAUUGUCCAUAGGGUCGUUCGCACUUUCCCCGAGGUGGAAGGACGUGCAUCCGCGAAGAAGGUGAAGGAGGUCACAGUGGGAUCUAGGGAUGCGUCUGGUUCUCGUAUGCUACUCACCAAGGGUGAUAACAAUUUGGCCGAUGAUACCGAGCUAUAUGCCCAAGAUCAAGAUCAUCUCAACCGGGCGGAGGACAUUGUGGGCAGUGUGCGUGGCUACAUACCUAUGGUUGGUUACGUGACUAUCAUGCUCAGCGAGCAUCCCUGGCUCAAGACGGUGAUGCUGGGAAUCAUGGGCUUGAUGGUGAUGCUUCAGCGCGAGUAG